AGGCGCCCGAAGUUUGGAGGCGGCCAAAGACGAGAAGCUAGCGACCUCUUCUUCCUUGUCCGCUCUUAAGGACGAUCUCGCAACGGCCAACAUGCGUCGCUAGCAGUUGCUGAAGGAAUGCGAAGACCCCAAAUGGAGGCGUCCAAGGAGGUGGCGUGGCUCCAAGGCUCCUUGGAUGACGAGUGCCUCAAAUGCCAAGCCGAGUGUGAAGCUCGGUGGGAGGAGGAGCGAAAGGGUUAUGUGGAAGAGCUUACCCUAGAUUCUGAAAAAGAGGCGUUGUCGAAAGAAGUGGGUGCCCAGGCCAUCGAGAUUGACCUCCUCGUGGUUCCAAGUCCCACACCCCAAUUCUAAGUACAAUGUUCACAAUAUCAAUACCAUUACACCCCAAAUUUAGACCCGCAACAACAUGCACCAUAAAAACCUCAACACAGCCAAUAAACCAAACAUCAAAUCGAAUAAAUAACAACUCGCAAACCAUCGAGCACCCUAGGUUAAGAUAUGAGAUAGUUAGCAAGUAUUCACCAUGCUUCUAGCUUCCCCCUCGCUAGAACAAGCUAAAACCCCUAGGCUGCUAAUCAAGAAAAGUACUCAAA